AGCACAGUUCCAUGCCCACCCCUGAUGCUGGAGCUCACUCGCAGUGAAACACUUCAACCCAACAUUGUUCACACACAGCGAGGACUCAGCACUCGGCUGGAGUGUUCAGUGAAUGAGCUGCUAAUACCUCCAGAGGUUACAUUGCACUUCCAAUAAUCCAAAGUUCAGAAAAGCUGCUGGAAUUUGAGAGGCUAUUACACACUUGAACCCGGUGCCGUUACAAGACGACUUUUACUUCUGUUUGAUUUUUUGGCUCUUUUUUUUUUAAAGGACAUCUCUCUGGGACAUGUUGCCAGGAUUUGAUAUGAGCUGACGGUAUAGUGUCCUUAUUGUUCUCAAUGAAAGUGUUGCACUUUGUGAGCCGGCUUACCAAUUGCUUUAGUGGAUAUUCUGUGUAGCCGGAUGAGAGGAGGUGCUAGAACAACAUAUUCUUCUCUACACAUCCAACUAUUUUAAAGGAACCAGCCAACAGCAGGCUCUAGCAGCAUCCAUUAACAUUGACAGACCUUCUGCAGAGAACCAUGCCAUUUAGUGAGCUCCUAGAGCAGGUGGGCAGCACAGGGCGCUUCCAGGUCGUGCAUGUGACCCUCCUGUGUAUCCCUGUCCUGAUGAUGGCCAGCCACAACCUGCUGCAGAACUUUGUGGCCACGGUACCGUCUCACUACUGCAGUGCGCACGCAAACCUCUCUCAGGCCCAGCUGAGCCUGGAGGAAUCGCUGCUGAUCACAGUACCGUUGGACGGAGAAGGGAGGCCGCAGAGGUGCCAGCGUUACGCUGCUCCACAGUGGCACCUCCUGGGCAAGAAUGGGACCUCCGGCUCGGGGGAUCUGGCAGAUGCUACAGAAGGUUUGGAUGCUGCCCUGCAGGAAUGCACAGAUGGGUGGUCCUAUAACAUGACUGUCAGGAGCUCCACGAUCAUAUCUGAGUGGCAUUUGGUGUGUGAUAUGCGCAAAUUUAAACAAAUGGGACAAACCAUCUAUAUGGGAGGUGUGCUUGUGGGAGCUCUUGUGUUCGGAGGCCUUUCAGACAGAUAUGGUCGCCGUAUCCUCCUGGUCAUCUCUAACCUGCUGAUGGCAGUGUCAGGAACAUGUGCCGCUUUCUCCAGCUCCUUCUCCCUCUUCUGUGUGUUCCGCUUUGGUUGUGGCUUGGCUCUCUCUGGCCUGGGACUCAACACCUUCUCACUCAUUGUGGAGUGGAUCCCCACUCGUGUCCGGACUGCGGUGGGGACAAUCACCGGUUACUGUUACACGAUAGGCCAGUUGAUCCUGGUUUUAAUAGCCUACUUCAUUCGGGACUGGAGGUGGUUAACCCUGGCUGUAUCUUUGCCCUUCUAUGUCUUCUUCCUCAUCUCAUGGUGGUUUCAUGAAUCUUCAAGAUGGUUAGCCCUGAGUAAAAAGUCCGAGCACGCCAUCAAGAACCUCAAGAGUGUGGCCAGAUUUAACGGACGCCAUGAAGAGGGAGAAAAAUUAGACAUUAAAAUGCUGCACGAAUCCAUGAAGAAAGAGAUGUCCUGUACUCAGGGCUCCUACUCUAUCCUGGAUCUGUUCCACACACCCACCAUGAGGACAAUGACACUCUGCCUCAGUGCUGUCUGGUUAUCAACCAGCUUUGCCUACUAUGGUCUUGCUAUGGAUCUGGACAAGUUUGGGGUGGACAUCUACUUAAUCCAAGUGAUCUUCGGUGCUGUUGACAUCCCCGCUAAAGUUGUCGUCAACGUGUCAAUGAGUUUAUUUGGGAGGCGUCGAUCACAAUGUGCUGUUCUCGUCAUCGCUGGGAUCACUAUUUUGCUCAAUUUACUGGUCCCUUAUGAUAAACAGACGAUUCGCACCUGUCUGGCUGUUGUGGGCAAAGGUUGCCUCGCUGCAUCAUUCAACUGCUGUUACCUUUACUCUGGAGAACUGUUCCCAACAAUCAUUCGUCAGAACGGUAUGGGCUGGGUCUCCAUGAUGGCCCGAAUAGGAGCCAUGGUGGCCCCUAUGGUCCUCCUCACCAGUGACUACAUACCAUGGCUUCCAGGUUUAAUCUACGGAGGAGCUCCCAUCCUCAGUGGGCUGGCGGCAAUAUUUCUUCCUGAGACACUUGGCUCACCCCUUCCUGACACAAUACAAGAUGUGGAGGAGAGGGGAUCUGGGAGAAGAUCCAAAAUGUCACCAAAGGAAACGAUAACCUUGCAGGAGAAGCAGGCGAAUCUCCUAAAGCAGAGUGCCUGAGGGCGUCUGUAGUUCACUCACUUAGGUUUUAACUGUCCGGCCUGUUUAUUUGAUUUCUGUGAAGAGCGUAUUGUGUCCUGUGACUGCUGGACAAAUGGAGUUGCUAUAUUAUAUUUGAACAGGUCAAUACAGUGAAAUGAAUAGCUGCAAAUAAUCAAGUUUAUUUGUAAUACAGUAGAUUGGAGGUCUUUAAUCUAAUUCUAUUUUAUAUUUUAAAUAUCUGUGUAAAAAGAUGAUUAUUAUGCAUAAAAUCAUUCUACAGGUUAUGAUCUGCUUUAACUGGUGCUUCUUGGUGGUUGAUAUAUACAACCCUGCCUUUUAAAACAGAACCACUUUGUGUCCACUUGGUCGCCGGCGACCAGGUAACAUCGAUGUAACUUGUACAAAUAUUAACCAGCUACACACAGUUUGAUUCUCCACAAUUCAACCUUUCAGGUCUUUUAACAGAAGCCAUGAACGAAAUAAAUAUAAUUCAUUCCGAUUUACAAACUUUGUGAACUAGCAAGACUGUGAAACGUCGGCCUCACCUGCAGUGAGUCUGUCCGUCUGUUCCUUGAUUAUUUAUAUUCUUG